AUGGCCGUGAACACGCCACCAUCUCCCUCCAUGUGGCCCGGGGAGGAACAACCGUCGCCGCUGGACCAGGACCAGGACGCCUCUCUGUCGAGCCACGCCUCCGUCUCCUUCGCCAUGCCCUGCCCAUCACUGUCCAUCGGUGAGCCCCUCCUCCACGGCGGCAGCAGCCCGGCCAGCACGCGGCCCCCCCGCAGCAAAUCCAAAGACGAGCUGGUCAUCGUCAUCAACGAGAAACUGCAGAACAGUAAUGGGAUUCAUCCAGUUCCUGCAGAAACCACCUCUCCAGUCAUCUCCUCUCCACCCAGAAGACAGCACUCCAUCUCCUACCCCCAUCACAACAAGACCAGGAAGGGCAGCAGGGCCAGCUCCAUCGGCUACACCGCUUUCUCCCCGAGGCCGUCCAUUUCUCGCCACUCCAGCAUCGCCACCACCCCUCCGCUGGACCGGACCAAGGUGAAGGACUACCUGCUGCUGUCCGUGCUGGCCUGCUUCUGCCCCGUCUGGCCCAUAAACAUUGUGGGAUUCGUCUACUCCAUCAUGGCCAAGAACAGCCUGGAGCAGGGAAACCUGGACGGUGCGGUGCGCCUGGGUCGCGUGGCCAAGAUGCUCUCCAUCGUGUCACUAGUUGGAGGGACGCUCAUUAUCAUCGCCUGCAUUGUCAACCUAGCCAUCGUGCACGGCCGAUUCUCUCCCAUGAAUCCCUCCUUUUUCCCCCCUCUGAAGUUUGACUCGAUAGAUUUGCAGCAGUAG